AUGGCAGUAUUAAAAUUAAUUUUUAUUUUCAUUAUUGGAGACUUUAUCAGAAAUGUGAUGUUGUACGAUCCAAUGUUUACGUAUACUGUAAGGUUUAAAAAAGUUUCUGUACAUCCGAACGAACUUGCAAAUUUCACGAUCAACCAAUACAGAGGAACACAAUUAUUUAUAAAUGGUAAUCUUACAUUACCUCCGAAUAUUGUCACUGAUAAAGUUAUUAUAUUUUUCCAUCGUUGUGAAUCUGACGGCAUUAAUUGUAAAUACUUUCAAACAUGGAUAUUUACAGAUAUCUGCUCUAAAUUAAAAGAAAAGAACCAAGUAUGGUCCCGUUGGUACAGUUCGUUUGACCCACCAAUGGUCUGUCCAUUAGAUAAGGUUCGUUACCAAAUAAGAAAUGGAACUUUUGAUAUUGGCUUAGUAAUUGCAUCGUAUCCUCAAGUAACUUAUUACCAAUGGAGAGUUAUUCAAAAGUUCUACGAUAAUGAUACAUAUCUCAGUAGUAUGAUCCUGGAUGCAUUAUAUUUCGGCUACAGAAAAAAAAUCAAGAAUAUUCCAAAACCAUAA